GACUGGGUUGUCCACUCUCGUCAGCACGCAGCGUAGUAGAACAACCACGACGAAUGAGUACAGUAGAAGCUAUCGCUAUUCGACUAAAAGAACCGGCACCUCACCGAAAAAUCACAGUAGCCACCAACGACUUUUUGAAAACGAAAUCGCUAAGUAUAUUGAAACGCGAUACGUUUCCGAGCGAUGUGUGUCUCGGUAGUCCUCACAGCAGCUCCAGAUAAUGUCCGCGGUACUAACUCGCGCGUGACUUAGGAGCGCUCGAGCCGCAGCUGAUGAAAACCAGUAUGUCUCCGUUGCACCAGCGAGGGGAUGGAUUGCCUUCUAUGUUCGACCACCAGCCAGGUACAACUACUACGCAAAAAACCGCAACAGCUCCGUAUGCAAUUGCACAACCUGCACCACCUCCCAUGACGGGUAUUAACGGAAACAGUGUGUCGUCUAGUGCGGUGCACUACGACGGGGGAAUGCAGCCUGGAGAGCAGUGGUCUACGAGUAAUCCCCCUGGCGAUUACUACAACCAGUACAACUACACUAAUGGAAAUGCAAGUAGCAAUGCCUACCCAAAUCCAAGUGCAGCCCCAGCACAGAAUUACAACCAGCAGCAGCCAUUCGCCCCGACGCAGCAGGCUUCGCCCCAGAACAGAACUGCACCGGGUAUGAACAUGUACAACCAGCCCCAUUACCCCGGCGGCGCGUACCCGCAACCUAGUCCCGCAGGCAGCCAGCAGCACCCGAGCGGCGUGCUUACCGGCACUAGCAGUCCGACUUCCAGUCGCGCGACGCCGACGAGCUACAACCAGGCGCAGCAGUACAUGCCGCCUGCCAGGACCAUGCCACAAACACAAUCGCAACCCGUACCCCCGCCCGGAAAUACAGCAUACCAGGCUUUUGCACCACCACAAAGUACCGGAGGUCUCCCAUACAAUCCUUCCCCUGGUGUAGCGGGAUUAGCAACUGCUGCCAGCGGUGGAGCUCUGGUGCCUAACAGCAGCCCCUAUUUGAAAUCCGAUAGCACGACCACCACCGCCGCGACUUCGGUUGGCACUUUUCCACACCAGUCCUCCUACCCGGGCACGCCGGUCAUGUCUACCUCUGGCAGUGCAGCUACACAGCAAGCCACAACAGCGGCCAGCGCUUGGUCGGGAGGCACGGCAUCUGCUGGUGCGAACACAGCUUCCACAGGACUACAACCUCCCGCCCAACAGCAGCCCAGCGAGCCUCCUGGCAGUGCAGCAAUGGGUGGAUUGUGGGAUAAACCAACUGCACCGACGAGGUCCAAACCAUCGAGCGGUUCCGGCACACCUGUGCACAGCCAAGCCAACGGCAGUAGAACAGGUUUUGCUGCGCCAGUGCAGCCCCAGCAGACGCUUAGUUCUCAGCAACUGCAACAGCAGCACCCAGCAUCGGUUCCCGCCACGCCGUCUGGGUACACGUUGCCGUCUUCUAGCCAAAACCAGCCGCAGGUGGACCCUAGCAGCCACGGAGCUUACAGUGGAGGGCAGUAUCAGCAGCAGCAAUAUGACAACCCACAGCCGGACUAUCCACACCAGCAAGCCGGGGCACCACCUCCCGCUUCUUCUUCUUCACAAAGUCUUUACCCCCCUUCGUCUUCUACCUCCUCUUCGUAUCCGGUGCCAACACCAUCUGGACCCUACGGUGUGGCUGCAAAUGGCUACAACAGUGAUGCUGGUUACGGGACAUCAAACGGGACAACGAUGUCCGUAGCUCCUGCCGCUGCGCCGCCCUACAGUUCGCAACAGCUGCAGGCCCCGACGCAACCGCAAUCGCCUGUGGCAGCUGGUCGGCAGGCGGGUUCGAGCUCCUCCUAUCCAGAGCAAGCCUACAGAAGCAACGCCUACCCUUCGCAGCAGUCCUUCACGCAGACGACGGCCGCUGACUCCACCAGUAAAUCUGCAUCACCGCUCCAGACGGUGGAAGCUUUUGUGCAGGGAACCACGCCCUCACCGCCACUGAAUCGGCCCGCCAGGAACAACGAUAAUCAAAGAGGAGGUGGCGGCACGUCAUCAACCGCAAACUCAAAUAACCCGGGGCGAGGGCCGCCAGAGGAAUACUCUACACGCGACUACGAAAAUGCAUAUCGCGAACACAUGAUGGGCAACGCUGGUUCGCAAAAUCAGCAAGCGCAGCAAAAACAAGAGGAGGGGCGAGAAGAGACGGCGGAGGAAGCUUACCGGCGUAAAAUGCGCGAACGCGCAAACAAGGCAGCGCAGCAGCAGCAGCCGCAGGUGUUUUAGCUUUUUCUCUUACUUCAGGAGGUCUGGUCGCUUUAUUGGUCAAUGCCAAGGUAGUUGUUCACAAAGCUUAUGCUAUCGGUAUCAAUCUUUUCCACGGAACAACAAGUUUCUAAACCUAAAUUAUCACAGUCACAGACGACCGACGAUCGGCAGCAGAAUUCCGGAACUUCUGGUAGCCGGCGGAACAGCACGCGCCAGAGCAAGGACACCAGCCACAGCGAGCCCACGAGCUCUAGUUCACAGCAAGAAUCGCAGUCCUAUGACGAAUCUGAGGACACGGGCGACAUGUCUGGGUCCGUGCAGAUGCCGACGGUGAUUCCGAACGCGGCCUGUGCCUACCCCGUAUUCGAGCCGAUCACGGACUUCGAGCCCGCGCCGCUGCCUAUAGGGGCCGGUCCAUCGGCGCAAAGUUUUCCGUCUUCCGCCUCGAGUCAGCCCUCUCUGAUGCGGGCGGGGAGCAGCGAGCCGCCGCCGCUACCCGGCGGUAGUGCUACUGGAUAUAGCGACCCUUCGCUUCCGCCGCCCCCGCCCCCGCCCGGCGGUCAGCAGUACGGAGCUGUUCCACCAUACGGCGGGGCGACCGGCUCGACCGCACCUCCACCGCCCCCUGCGAGCCAUUCUGAUCCCUACAGUACAUACCCGCAGACCAACGCGCCGCCAUAUAGCGGGGCACCAGCUGCAGAUCCCUAUAGUCAGCAGCCAGUAUCGCAAAACUCGGUCUACAACAAUGCGAACAAUCCGAACUUUCAGCAGGGCGGCGCAAGCGCAAGCAGCUCGAACAGUCCGUCGAAAUCGCCAACGAAAUUGCCACCGGGCGCCACCGGUUUGGGCAUGGGCGCGAAUCCCAUGUACAAAGCCGGCGCACAGACCCGGCAGAAACAGAUGAAUACGUCGAAAAUAGACCCGUUGCAGAUACCGCGGCCGACAAACGUCGGGGUGCUGACCAGCAGCGGGAAGCAGUCCAAAACAUUCGCGACGGACAAGUACUCACUUACUGUUUUACCUUUUUCUUGAUAAUUUCAUUUUGUUGGCGAUGUUGCAAGUGAAGUCUUCACCGUGCAGUCCCCCUCCUGCGCCUAGAAUCUUUGCCAUUCGCAGAUUAUCGAAGAAAGAUUAAGAUGCUGAUGCAUGGCGUGGAAAAAGUUUAACUUUAAACUAUUUCCAGAUACGUAACGCCGCCAAACAUAACGAUUUCCUCUCGCUGCGUGUUCGUCGACAAAGGCAGUUGCAGUGCGCGGUUCAUCCGCAUGACCUGCAACCAGAUCCCGACCUACCACCAAACCGCUGACUGCACGCACGUCCCGAUUGCCGCCGUGGUCCAGCCGUUUGCUGCGUUGGCGGAGCAAGAGGCCCCUAUCCCGCUUCUCGACAAUGGGGACGAGGGACCGCUGCGGUGCCCGCGAUGCAAAGCCUACGUGAACGCCUUCUACAACUGGGCGGCACAGGGAAAGGAGGCAAACUGCAACUUCUGCGGGCAUUACUUCGAGGUGCCGAAGCCGUUUGUCUGCAGCUUAGAUUUCGCCGGAAACCGGAGGGACCGGAACGAGCGAGCAGAGCUCUGCACAGGCACGGUGGAUUACGUGGCGCCCAUAGAGUACAAAGCGUCGUGGAAAUUUCAUUCAUUGACCCUUCGUUGCGGCUCGUGAUGAUUCAUUUGGUCCUGGCCAUCCCCAUCAAAGGGAAAGAAUCACUUUUUCUACUUCCUCUUCAACCCAUACAGGUAUUACAGCAUGAAGGACGUCACCCCGCAAGUUCCCUACUACCUUUUCGUGCUGGAGGUCACCCGGGCCGCCAUGGACACGGGGUACGUGCACCAGGUGCUGCAAACCAUCCGCUCGAUGAUUCCGCAUUUUCCCGGCGAUUCCUCGCGCGUCGCCAUCAUGACGUUCGACAGCAGCAUACACUGCUACCACUUCGGCACCACCAGCGGUGAACCAGCAGUGAUUUUGCAGACGGACGUGGAUGAGCCAGACUUUGCACCGGCCAGCCCGGACACGCUCUUCGUGGACCCGAGGGUAUGGAAGUUUUGCUGGUUUUCGUUUUGUUUAAGCAAACAAAAGCUACUGCUGCUGCGCCUGCGGCUGCUUUACGAGGGGGCCUUUGAUUGCUGACGAGUGUUAUGACCUCCUUCGAGCGGUACAAAUAUGAAAAAAUUGAUCCCAUUACAGGAGGGCGGAUCUUCUCUGGAGCUACUUCUGGACUUGAUCCCAGGCUUGUACCGCGAAUCGACGGACUUCACCUCCUGUAGCGGAGCGGCGCUUACGAGUGCCGUGUCUCUAUUCAAAGCCCGCGGCGGGACGGGGCAAAUCAUGCUGUUCAUGCGAUCGUUGCCGACUAGAGGCGUGGGGUUGCAGGUGAAUCGGGAUGAUGUGCGGGUGUACUCCCAAGAUGACGAAUGGAAAGACAAAAUUGGCGAGCUGUAUAAAUUUGCUUUCCCUUAUUUCGCUUUUCAUGAUCGGCAGGAAAAAUCUAGCCCCGAUUCCGCGAAAAAACGGUGCUUCAAACUUGUUGAACCCUUUACCCAUACCAGGUUCCUUCCGCAAAACCCUACCUUUCACAAAGACCUGCUGGAGAAGUGUCUGGAUAUGGAUGUGUGCGUGGAUUGCUUUCUCCUUCCCGCCGAAAACCAAUACAUCGACGUUGCCACGCAGAGCUUUGUAUUGCUGUUCUUUCGCUACACAAUAGAUACUUGACCUUGAAGUUUGACCUGGUAUCAUGCAGGCGAACAUGAAUGACAUUCUCCGGUCAGUAUUUGAAAUUAUCGAUGCAAAAAACUCCACCAGCUCCCUGCCAAAUCGGGUGGCGAUACGUUCUUCUAUCCCAAUUUCAAUCUUCCGGAGCACGGCGAGCAGCUGCAUUACGAUGUGUCGCGCCACAUUUUGAGACGGCAGGCCUUCGGGUGCAGCUUGAAGAUCCGGACGAGCAGAGGGUUAACUGUAAAUAAAAUGUACGCUGCGUUCGAUCCGGUCUCGAGGCACGAGUGCAGUCAGUUUGAGGUACUUACUGGAGUUCUUGUGAAGAUUUGGUGUCGUGACCGUGAGGACAAAAUUAUGUAUUGACGCUGCGUGCCCUCAUCUGUCCUGAUUUGAAUGUUGAAAUCAAUUCGCCAAGAGCAAGGACGAUAAAGCACUUCAUUUGGAACCACGAAUACGUCCAUAAUCUAUCGUGUUGUCUGCCUCUUUUUUAGGUCUCCCGCCUGAGUUCCGAUUCCACGAUUUGCUUCGUGCUGAAGCACGAGGACCUGGUUGAAUCCGCCAAGCAUGCCUACGUGCAAGUGGCGUGUCUGUACACAAAUUUGAGUGGGGUGAAGUGUAUUCGCGUACACACGCUCGCCCUAGCGGCGACCAACGCACUGUCGUCCACAUUCCGCUACACCUGCGUGGUAUCAAAUGCAAAAGUGUCUGGGUCCGGAAGAAUGCAAGAUUUAUCAUGCAUAUUUCUCAUGACCCAUGAUCAUGAUGCCUGUAAUGCAUGGUGUAGCAUCGCAGACUUUUAGAGCGCUUCCUGAUGCACCUUCCGCAUGAGAAAUGCCCUGUCCGUGUAGCACAAAUUGCGCCCCUCUUGCUGGUCAUGCAAUACAAAUUUUUUUAGAGUCGAAAAACAGCAUGACAAGUUGCAAUCUUCCAGACCCAGACACUUUUGCAUUUGAUACGUGGACGCGUUGACCAAUGUGCUGCUGAAAGAGACCCUGCAAAAGGAACUCCAGCAACCAAACAGCCCGCAACCAAAGGCGCAGAUCGUAAAUACUUAAGCUGAUUUGAUGUUAUUUGUUCACUCCGGUCGGUGCCCUUACACUUAUUUGCAAUUUUUAGAAUGCUCGUAGCUUGGUUCAUCUUGCCAUGAUUGAAUGACAUAUAAAACAGGUGGACCAACUCGUAAACAUUCUACACGCGUACCGGGUAAAUUGCGCUUCCACAAGCAGCUACGGGCAGUUGAUCCUACCAGAGAGCCUCAAACUGCUGCCGAUGUACCUGAGCUCUAUGUUCAAGCAGAUGUGCUUCCGGCGGCGGAACCUCAAUUGCCGCGUAGACCACCGGUAUGCCGAAAUCGUCCAGCUGCUCAACUCCUGUGUCAUGCGCUCGAACGCGCUGCUCUACCCGAGGCUGUAUGUUUGCUGCUUGCGCGGAUGAUUUGCAAUGCAUGUUUCUGUGCAUGUUUUCCCUUCCUUGUUUGGUUCAGAAUGAUAUUAUGAUGAACAUAAACUUCUUUUGCUUCCGACACAAUAAAACAGCAUCCCCUUGCACCGCCUGCAAGAGAAGCACGGGCUCCCUGCGGACGCGGAAAACGUGCACAUGCCGAGCAACAUUCAGUGCUCCAUGGACCGCGUGUCCCUCCAAGGCCUCUACCUGUACGAAAACGGCGACAAGAUCGUUAUUUACGUUGGCCCGGACGCCACACCGGAGCUGCUGCAGGACUCGUUUGGUGUGGAUGACAUUGCGCACGUGCGAGGUUUAAACCUGGAAAAGCCACUCGGCGCCCGGAUCUUUGCGGUCUUGCAGCAGAUACGGAAGGAUAAAGGCUUGAGCUACCGCUGGAUGCGAAUGCAGUACACGAACGAGGAUACGCGCAUGCUGCUGGUGGAGGACGCACUGCGGCAGGAACUGUCCUACGUCGAUUUCCUUUGCAUGGUGCAUCGCAAAGUGCAGGCCAAGCUGGACACGUACUAGGGAACAUUGCGCCGGGCGUUGUGUGCCACGCCACAAAAAAAAGGCAUAUCCAUGCUCUACUUGUUCCCUCGCAAUUCUUUCUACUUUUUAAGGCUAAUUACUUCGAUACCGCAUCCGUAAAGCAUGCGCGAUUCUGACAUCAAAGAAACUCUACUAAACUUGUCAUUUGCUAUUGGCAUGAUCUUCAGGAAAAUUAGGUAUUCGGCUUACGCCUGUAUCAAUCAGUAUCUCUUGUACAAGGAACAAGAACUACGAAGAAGUAAAGGCCGCACCAGCGACGUAACAAUUACGCUCUGCGUUCGUGGGCGGUGACUUCAUCAUCAUACCUUUGAACAAUUUGCAUAUCGGGGCGCUACCCUGAACCCGAAGCAUCAAUAAUCCAGGAACACACACAGAAAUUUUGCGAGCAACCGCUUCAUCAGACAGGAGCUGCUUCUGUCUCUUACUUUUUGGACGAUUCAGAACACAGUCGCAACAAAAUGUCAGCGGUGGGAAGGUGCAAUAAUUGCACAAGUAGGCAUAUGCACACGACUUUUGCAGCCUGUGACUUCCUUAUCCUUUUUCUUAGCCUUGGAAUUUUCAUCGCCGAGACGAUUUUAUUCUAAGUAGCCAAUUUCGCGCUCCAGCCAAUGCCAAUCGCAUCGCGCAAAUGUCGAACAAAUUCUGCAAACUCUUUCAUAAAGAAAUCCAUCGGUGUAGCUCUCAAAAAUCUUGUCUGGUUCUUUGCAGAAACACAUCGCACCUAGAAGUGC